AAUGAGUUUAGGAUGUAUGUAUUCAAAGUGCAGACUUGUUCAAGGGCUUAUUCUCAUGACUGGACUGAGUGUCCCUUUGUUCAUCCAGGGGAAAACGCAAGGCGCCGUGAUCCGAUGAUAUAUCAUUACACCUGUGUCCCUUGUCCUGAGUUUCGAAAGGGAUCAUGCAGUAAAGGGGAUGCUUGUGAAUAUGCACAUGGUAUUUUUGAGUGCUGGCUUCAUCCUGCUCAAUACAGAACAAGGCCUUGUAAAGAUGAGACCGAAUGCACCCGAAGAGUCUGCUUUUUUGCGCACAAACCCGAAGAGCUUCGCCCAUUGUAUGCUUCUACUGGUUCUUCUUUGCCUUCACCUAUAUCAUAUUCAAAUUCACCUAGUGCUUCUUCAAUGGAUUCUUUCACAUUGAGCUAUCCAUCCAGUUUGAUACAAUCCAUGUCGACACCGCCUUUGACUCCAUCAGCAGUGUCUUCUCUUGCAAGUGGAACCAUGUGGCCGACUCAGUCUCAUGCUGCAGUCUCUACACUUCAGAUGCCGAGAAGCAGAUUGAAAACUGCAUUGAAUGCUAAAGAUGAUACUGAAUUUCUCGAACUUGAAAAUCUUCUUUUGCAGAAGCUAAUGAUUGAAGAGAUGACAGGUCUUUCAUUUCCUUCAAAUAGGCUUGCAAGUGUGAGUACUGCUAACCUCGAUGAUAUUGUCGGUUUUCAGAUACAAUCUCCAACAUCAACUCAUGUGCAUCCGAAUGUGACUCAGCAACUUUGGGGCUUUUCUUCUGACCUUCCCAAUUCAAAUGUGAUUGGAUCACUACAGAUCACUGUUGAUCCGUCUAUGAAUUCAAAAAAUGAUGCCCUGUCGAAGCGGAGCCAGAGCUUUAUCGAGCGCAGUAGCAUGGGAAGCUUUACUUCUAAGCUUCCUUCUGCUACCUCGAUUGCUAUGGAGCCAUAUACUAACUUCUCAGGUUGGGGCUCGCCUGAUGGAAAAUUAGACUGGUCCAUCCAUGGUGAUGAACUGAAUAAGAUGAAAAAGUCUUAUUCUUUCGGCUUUCGAAACCAACUUAGCAAUUCAACAAUGGUUGCACAAAAUCCUGAUGAGCAAGAUGUAUUAUUAAGGCAGGAAUCAUGGGUCUACAAUUCUUUAUGCACAUUAUGUCUUAAAGUCACUUUAAAUAUUUUUUAUCAAAUCAAUCAAAAUUUUUUAAUUGACCCUCUUUGCCUUUGUGGUUCGAAAUCUGUUUCUGUCUAG